ACUUCUUUACAUCAUAAGGUUAGAGGAGUUCUAAAGGUAUUUUGAUUCAAUAUGGCGGAAGAAAAUUGUCCCAGACGAAACACAUAGAAAAAGAGUUGAAUAUUCUGCCUCCGAGUUACAAGUAUUCUAUACAGGAUGAUGAUACUGAUGGUGGUGUCUGUCUGCGACAGAAGAUUGGCGGUAGUAGGGUGUAUCACUAAAUAUGCGUAAAAGUAGACAUGAGCUUCAGAGAGGAAACAUCAUGCCCACAACUAAUCAGAAUACUGAAUACCCGUGUCAGAAUGGAGCACAAAGCCCAUUGAGUCAGAACUCGAGUGAAAAUGAGAAGUCAUCUCCAGAAUCAUCUGAGAAACAAAAAGAGAAACCUUACUCCCCGGGAUUUUACAGUGAGGGUCAUAAUAAUAUUCUCAAUGGUGGUGGUUCCAGUUUAAAUGGGCCUUUAAAUGGAUUUUUGCAUGAUGACUCAGAAAUCACAUCAUCAUCCCAUGUUGAUAUUGGUUCACAAGGAGAAACGAAUGCUUUGGUUAAUAGUACUCCUGUUGUGAAUUGUAACCACUGUAAUAAAUAUUUGAAACCACAGCAAGUUAAUGGUGUGCCAAACAGGAAACAUUCACCAAAAGCAAACAGACCCAAGUCCAUGUCAUGGAGUCGUGUUGUUAAACACAGAAGAGAUAGAAGAGAGCAAGAAAAGAAAGCUGGCUCAAAGUCAAAAAGGGAGCCGUACAUUUAUCCGGAACUUGGUUCAAGUUCUGAUGACUCCUGUGAUUGUUUUAGUUCUCCAGAAAAUGGAAACUUACAUAAAAGUGGUGUUGGAUCAUCUACAGAAUCUGAAGGUGAUGAAAGGGAAUACUCAGAGAAAAAUAAAAGCUCCAAUUCAAAGCUUAAUUUACCAUCUAGAGCAACUGAACAAGUUGAUUUUGCUAAUCAUGCUAAUGGACAUCAUGAACAAGUUCAGAAUGUAAAUUUCCCUCCCAGGUUUGACGAUAUGCCAAUAUCAGCCCCAUUAGCUGUGCCUGAGGACAGUGAUGGGUCUUCUCAAAAUUCUGGUUGUGAUUCAAAUGAAAAGGAAACAGAGACUUUGACAAAUGAAAAUAAAUUGUCUUCUCAAAAUUCUAACCAUGAAAACAAAACCAGUGAUUAUGAACAAGGUAUUAUUGGAAAAGAUAUGCUUGAAAUUGAAGAACAAGUUGAGGAAGUUUUUACACAUGCAUCUAGUUCAGAGAGCCUGGAGGAAAUUGCAGAUGAUGACAAUUCAUCUGAAAUCCAGGAAAACAGAGGUGGUAUUGUAGUGGAGGAGGUGACGGUACCAUCAAGUUCAGAAAGUUUGGAGGAGAUUGGAGACUACAUAGAAACAGAUUUUCCUUCUAGAGCAAGUCGUCACAUGUUUGCAUCCAGUUCAGAGCAUUCUUCCACAUCCAGUGAUGAAGAUGAAGGGUAUGGAGUGAAUCAGGAAAAAGAUUCACAUGAUGCAGAAGCAGAGAAUAUAUCCUCAAGUUUAUCUCGUCAGAUCUGUGAAAAUGGAGUGAAACAAGAGAAUGAGAUCCAUAGUCCACUAUCUUGCCAGAACUCCAAGGAUUUCAAAAAACAAGAUUAUUCACCUGUCCCUGUGUGUGAUGAUUUAGAAGUACCUCACUCAGACUCCUUUGCUGAUGUUACAGCAAAUCUUAGGUAUGACAUGGAGAGCCAGUCUUCUAAUGCAUUUGUCUGUAGACCUAAAUACAUCACAAAAAACAGUCAGGAUAGCAGUGAAAAGCCGGGGUCUGACUCUUCUUUCAUGUACUCACCAGAAAUAGACUUCUUAGAUUCUGUUGACUCGGAUGUGCCAACAUCUGCAACAAGCUUACAACAGAUGUUCCGAUUUAGUCAAGAUCUGGACAAUCCUAGUGUGGUAGACCAAAGAAAUGCUGAGAGGAAUACACCAGAGUUUUAUAUGUAUGAUCCAUUAGACUAUGCUUCCAAUGACUUGCAAGGUGCUGAAGGAGGGGUUACAAAUGAUUUAAGCAUGAGAAGACACUCGUUUGAGUUUGAUGAUGUUGAGUGUAAUAUGGAAUCCUAUGACCCUCAUCUAUGUGUAGAUGAUAAUGAACAUUUUAACUACCUAGAUACUUACAAACAUGAGAAAGUGCCACAAGCCAACUUUCAGAAUUCUGAGAGCAACAGAAAAGAGAAAGUGUUUUUUAAAGCAUUGGAAAAGGAGAACAGAUCUGCAGCUCCCUGUGAUUCAUCAGAUGAAGAAGAAAAUUUGAGUUUCCGUCUUAGAAGGGAACAUUUAGGUAAUGUGCAGUUAGGACAUUUCCCACAAGAGAGUGGACCUUGCAUGGUACUAGAAGACCUGGAGAAUCCAACGCAUGCAGUCAGAAAUGCAGUCAUUAUGCCUUUACCAAAUAAACUGGAUGAAUCAUCUGGGGAGAGCUCAGAGGAUCCAAUAUAUGAAGAUAUUGAGAGUCUGGGGACACCAUUGUCGUCGAUAGAUAAUUUACAUGCAGUACAAGAAGAAAACUCCUGUGAUAAUAAUUCUAAGGUGGUGUGUAAGUUUGACAGGCGACGGAGACAUGGUCGCAGACCUGUGGAUGUAGAAAAGGUGAUGAUAUGGCACGAAUAUGAGGCCUAUCUACUGCAGGUGAAACAGAUCGGAACAUCAGCUUGUGGGCCCACUGCAAUACUAACUGUGCUUAAAGCAUUCGAUUAUCAAGUUGAUAAGGAAGAAGUUUGCAAGAAAAUUGUUACUAACUCCAGAAUGGAAACGGCACCAAUCAGUUACUAUUUGUUUUCUCGAUCUGUGGCAGGUACAACAGCACAGCAGCUGAUUGAGGGUGUUCAGAAUCUGACCCGAGGUACCAUACAGGGAAGAUUUUUCCACUUUUAUCCUGCCAGAAAAGUGGAACUCCUGAAAUGGCUAGGAGAUUGGAUAAAGAAAGGUGCUGUUCCUAUUGCAACAUUGAAUUUACAAAGGGGUGUGAAACCUGGUUGGACCAUUCCUGAUGCCUGGCAUCAUCAGAUGAUUUAUGGAGUUAGCUCCAAAGGUGUUUACUUGACAAAUCCAUUAGAAAUUGUUCCCGAGGAGACCAUUAUGGAACAGCUAACCAGUGAUUCCAUUCUCCUGAUCCGACGGCAGGAUGUGGUCAACCGUUUUCGUGAUUGGUCACCACUAAAUGAUCUAAUCACCAAGAAGGACAAAAGAUGGAAUGAAAUGAAUGUAUUAGGUCAGGUAGUAAAUGUUCUUCGAGAGGCCUGCACUGCUAUGUAUCAACAACCACCCAAUUACCGCGCCCAGCUGACCUCCCACAUUGCUAUCCCAGCAGCCUACCGAGCAGGCAUCACGCUGUUUGUUCGUCAGAAUACUGAAGUGGCUCAAGAGCUUUUUAGUGCACCUGAACUGGAAUGCAAAGACUAAGCAUGCUCUGUCACCCGUGACACUUCCUGUAUCAUCACCUUGGUAACGUGGUGCGCUGUAUCAUCACCUUGGUAAUGUGGUGCCCUGUAUCAUCACCUUGGUAAUUUGUUGCUUCUGAGCAUUACUUUCAGGUGGCUUCAACUUCAGUCUUUCCAUAUUUAUUUUUUUCUAACACUGACACUUAAUAGUUAAAUUCAAUAAAUGUUAGUAAUUUUGAAAACCUUACACUACCAUGUUUUUAAGACAAUUGGCCACUCUUUUAUUUAGACAUCAGUUUUCAUUUCUAGCCCCAAUUUUUGAAGAAACCUUAGAUCUGUGGCAUGCAGAAGAAAGCCUGCUGUUAUUCCCGACAAUAAAUUCCGGUCAUUGACCUACACUGAGAGUACAUUUCCGAGAAACGUGUUACCAGUUGUAUUUAUAGUUAAGACAAUAACGCUGACUUAAAAGCAAAUGAGUUUACGUUUAAUAAAUUAAAAUACUGGUUAAUCAUUUUAUUUCAUAAAUCAUCAAAGCAAUAGGUCAAUUUUGUCCAAAUUUUGGCUAGACUAAUGACUCGGGCUGUCCAUGCUGAUCGAGCACUCUUUUUUAAUCUGUAGUUAAGAUAAUGCUGCUGUGGUAUAUCAGGAUAUCCCAAGAUGUGCCUGGAUUCAGUUCACAGUCGAAAUGUGCUUCUAAUUUGCCGUGUUCAUUUUGUAUAGAUCUGAGGGCCUAAUCCAGACUAGUGACUCAUGCUGUCCUGACUAAUCAUGACCAUCAAUGUGAUCUGUAUUAAGGUUGAAAGAGUUUAUCAAAUCAGUGCAAAUUGAUUUAAUCAUGAAAGAUAGAAUGAUAUGUAAUAAGUACAUAUGUCAAAAAGGCUAAAAAAAAUAUGCGGGUGGGAGGGGGGGGGCUUAAUUUAAUAAAAAAAAUUAUUUUAUUAAAUAAUACACUGGCCAAUUUGAACUUGGAAUCUGCAGGUCAGUAACCGCAUACCUUAUCCACUGAGCUACGUAAAUAUACAAACAAAUCGCUUGUUACCAGUAAUUUCACAAAACAUUUGAUUCGCCAUUUUUGUGAUGUAUCAUAAAAUGUAUAAGUCUUGAUGUAGUUAGCUCCCUAAACAUUUGUGUACACAGGUUACCGGUAUGAUUGACAACCAAUGAUGUUUAUUUAACACUGGUUUGUCAUUUCAUAAAGAGAUGAAAACUAUCUUGUCUAAUUAUGAUAGUAUAUUAAUUUCAAUCUUAUAAUAACAAAUUAACAACUUACUCCUAAAAUGGAAAGCAUCAGCACAUCAGAAGCAUGGUGUGAAAUGGAUUGAAAUAGAAAUGAAAACAUUGGGAAUAUUUUAUUUAAAAAAACGGGUAUUGAUUGAACAAUUUUCACAUAAAAAAGUGUAUGCAAGUAUUAAAAAAUAUUCCUCUGACAUUUCUAGGAAAAUUAUCUGAAGUCUCGUUGAACUAGACAUCUUGAUCAAAGAAUUCAUUAACAUUUUGGCCAGUUUUGCUCAUUUAUACUCCUAAUUUUUUAAGAUUUGAGCUUGAGAAAGGGUUCUUCACUUUAUUGGUUUUCAGCCAGCUCCUCAUAGAAAGAAGUAGUGGCCGAUUGUCAGAAAAUAUGGUACACCUAUGAAUUAACUUUCUUUCAAUUAUAGCAAGGGAUCUUUUAGUUUGAGAACGUUAUUCUGAGUAAUUAUCCUUUGCAAUUGACUUUAUUUUUUAUUCAUUAAUUAAUUAUAAUAUCAAUUAUGUUGAAGAAAAAAAAAUAUCACACCUAACAUUUGAACAUGCAUGUAUUAUUGAUAUUCCAUUAGUCAAACCAAAAGCAGAAAUGUGAAUGAAGACAUUACAUGUAUAUGUAUAUCUUGCAUUGUUUUCCCAUGUUUUUAUUUUGUUUUUGAAUGUUGGUUUAAAUUUUAUUGUCAUGUACAUUAUUUCAUUGAAAGAAGUAUAGUUAACAGUUUUAUGAGUGUGUGAAGCUGGAUGAUUUCCAGACAUUUAACUCUUGUUCUUGGAGUCUUGUAUUCAUUUUUAAUUGCUUGCUGGAUUAAUAAUCAUGUAGAUAUGUGCAUUCAGCUAUUAUGAAAUGAAGUUUAUUAAAAGGUUUCCUGGCCAUUGCAAAGAACAAAUAAGUCUUAAUUUGGUGCUGCAGUUCACUGUACUUUAAAAGCAUAUUUUUGGUUGUAUAUUUUAUUUUCAUAAAAAGAUGCUUUUUUUUACUCUAUCACGGAUAUUUUCUAUGUUAGAAGAAUGUCAAACAAUUAUUGUUGGUGCAUACCUGAUUAAGGUUUACUGAAGAUUCAUACCUGAUUAAGAUGAACUGAAGAUUCUUACCUGAUUAAGGUUUACUGAAGAUUCAUACCUGAUUAAGGUUACCUGAAGAUUCAUACCUGAUUAAGGUUUACUGAAGAUUCAUACCUGAUUAAGGUUACCUGAAGAUUCAUACCUGAUUAAGGUUACCUGAAGAUUCAUACCUGAUUAAGGUGUACUGAAGAUUCAUACCUGAUUAAGGUGUACUGAAGAUUCAUACCUGAUUAAGGUUAACUGAAUAUUCAUACCUGAUUAAGGUUUACUGAAGAUUCAUACCUGAUUAAGGUUAACUGAAUAUUCAUACCUGAUCAAGGUUUACUGAAGAUUCAUACCUGAUUAAGGUUAACUGAAGAUUCAUACCUGAUUAAGAUGAGCUGAAGAUUUUACAGUUAUACAUUACUGAAUUAUGUAUGAUUUUGCAAGUUUCCUGUUGCUGAUUAUCAUUAUUUUGUUGCUUUGAUAAGAAUCCCAAUUUCAUAUUCUUAUGAUGAGAUGAGGUCUGAAAAUGAGUACCUGCAAUAUGUCAAAAUUAGUAUAUUUUAAGAACAAACUGAAUUAAAACAAUUGCCAGUAUAAGUCAUAGCAGUAAUGUUAAACUAUAGACAAUUAUUGCUGCAUAGGACAAUUUUUAAAGUUUGUUUUACAUUAUAUUAUUACCAGUAAAUGAUAUGUUUCAACCUGUCAGGUAAAAAAGAGUGAAGAGUGGUAGAUUAAGAUAUGUUGACUAUAAUGAUUCAUGUACCAGUGUUUGUAAGAAUGAAUAUACAAAUGAAGUGUACAGUGAUUUAGGGGGUUCUUAAUGGUGGGGACUUGUAUUUUCUAAUUUGAUGUACUAUGUAAUUAUACUGUUUUAAAUAGAGAAUAUGUAGGCUUCUAAUUACUAGGUUGUUUGCGGUAUCAAAUAUUUUAAGGGUUUCAGAAUAUGGAAGCAUAAUAAGUGUAUGUAUUUGUAUUCUCUAUACAUGUAUUAUAUAUGUGUAUUUAUGAUCAAUCAUGUACAUGCCAAUGCAAAAAAUAAAUCAUGCUAGAAUUGACAA